UGUUUACGUACCACAGAACGGAAGGUGGAUGGGUGCAUCUUGAGCCUCUUGGGUUUCGUCUCAAAGCGUAAGAUUGACAAGACCAGGUUACUCGAUUCUCUUUCCUUAGGGAGGUCAGAAGAGGGUAGUGUAAGAUGGUAACAGCAAGUAACAGGAAUAGCGGUGAGACGAAAGAGGACAAGAAGUCUUCAGGACCGAGUCCUAGCAAUGGCCACGUCUCUGGCCACUGCGACGACGCCGAGAAGGAUGGUGAUACUGGGAUGCGAGUUGGGAAAGCCUUCCAAGCAGAAAUCCCAUCUAUACUACCUCCCCAUGAGCGUCGUCCAGAGCAGUGUCCAGAGAGAGCCUUGCUGGUGUGGGCACCCAAGCUGGAGCUCAAUGAAGAGAGUCGGUCACUACCACCACCUGUCACUAAUCAUCUGCAUACAAAUGGUCACCACCCCCAAGGCCAUCAUCAGUUUGCACAUAUAUUGCUUGAACAGUACAUAUGGCUAGCGAAAGAUAAAUACGGGUAUAAUGCCGAGCAAGCUCUCGGCAUGUUGUUUUGGCACCGCCACGACCUCGAGAAGGCAACCGCAGACCUCGCAAACUUUACACCCUUCCCAGAUGAGUGGACCACGGAAGAUAAAGUUCUUUUUGAACAAGCCUUCCAGUUUCAUGGCAAAAGUUUUCAUAGAAUUAGACAAAUGUUACCUGAUAAGUCCAUAGCACAGUUGGUGAAAUAUUACUACCUGUGGAAAAAAACUCGUCAACGAAGCUCAUUAAUUGACAGACAUGCUCGCAAACACACUGCCAAACUCCAGCAAGUUACUGAAGGUGGUGUCGGAGACAGUAGUGGAGAUAGGUCCGAAGAGGACGAGGAAGGGAAGAAUGGGGAGGAGACGAAGACCUGCUCUAACUGCACCAUCCCAGCAUCAGUGCUUAAUGAAUCCCCUAAGGGUCUACAGUGCCUCACAUGCUACAACCACUGGAAAUUGGGAUUUUACAGAAAAAUGGGUUGUUUAAGACCUACUGUGGGACCUAUGAAGAGAGACAAGCAGCUAAUAAAACACAAGCGACGCCCCCCUCGUGGCAUGCACAUCAACCAUGAAGACUUGAUGGCUAUGGUAUCAUCUGGCCCUCCUGGUCCCCCUGGGACUCUCACCCCCGGCCAACAACUGCUGCGUCACAUGGAGAAUGAGGUCAUCGCUCUUAAACGCCAGGUGCAGAGCAACAAGGCACAGAUCAGUGGUCUACGAAGUAAAAUAGCAGACGAUGGUAUAACUCCAUAUCGGCCGCCAGCACAGACUGGACCUCCCAAGGCUAAGUGGUCACAAGAGGAACUUCUUUUGGCUGUCCAAGCUGUUCGAUAUUUUGGGAAAGAUUUCAAGGCAAUUGCAGAAAUAGUUGGCAACAAAACCGAGAAUCAUGUUCGCAGCUUCUUUGUAACAUAUCGAAAGCGCUACAACCUAGAUGGUGUCCUGAGAGAGUGGGAAGAAGAGCAUGGUCCAGUUCGUGCAAAUACUGACGAGUAGCUGGUCUGUGAAAGUAUAUGUAUAUAUUCACUAAACUAUGUGUUUGGUUAUUUAAUGAAAAAAAAAAAGGAAAAAAUAAUGUUGUUUUGCACCUUGAACUUUGCAUCAUAAUUUAUGAUUAGUCGAGGAAAAAAUACCCUCAUCCAUACUCUUGACAGGUUUGAUCAGUGGAAAGUAUUGCCCAGAACAAGUGUAUCUUGUAGGGGUACCUUUGACAUUGAAGUAGCAGAUUAUAAUUAAAAGUCAGGUGAAGAAUUAGUGAAGACAUUUGUAUUGUUAUCCUUAUCUUCAUUCAAAUUCAUCCUGUAUUUCAUUCUUAAAGAUAGAAGCUUUUGAAUACAGCUACUUCUUUCCUUCUCCCUUUCGCUCUCAUGCCGCCUCAUCCCCAUCUUCAUUAAAAUUCUCAUUCUCAUUAUUAUUGUUACUGAAUGAAAAAUUUGUUUUAAGUUCUGUUUAAAAAGUCAGUUUUUGACAAAACCAAUAAAAUGUACCAUUUAAAGGCAGCAUAUAUAAAAAUCACUCAUACCUUCAACUGUGUAUGCUUGUAUAUCUGUUAAUGCUGUGUAAUUUAAAGUUAUGGAUGCCUUUUCUACUUGGGGGAAAAACUCUUUCAGUGUUGUCAUUCACGAGUAUUUAAGAAAUUCAUGUACAUUAAAAUACUGUAGUUGUAAAUAACCCAAAGAAAGAAGACAGAAAGCAUGGUAUUUGAAAAUGUGAAACAUAAAUGUGUGAUAUUAAUACUGUAGCAUGUUACAAAAAUAAUUGUCACACAAGGGACCUACAGUUACGUAGGACAACACACAUUUAUGAUGCUUGUCAUAGAUAUGUUUUGUAUUCAUAAAAAAAAAAAGAGAUUUUUAAAUUAUUUGCAAACUUCAGCAUUUGUUGUGAGAUAAUGAUGAAUGACAAUAGUUGCAUAACCUGUACCGGUAAUUGAGUGCUAUUGUUGGGUUACAGCAGCAGCCCCAGGAGAACAGUCUCUAGCACCUAGAAGUAUUAUGAUAAGUAAUGAUAUUCAGCCCUUUAUCAUGGUAUAAUUAUUACAAGUAGCUUAUUUAAAUUUUGCAGGUUUGUAAAUAACUUGUAAAAAGAAUUAUUGGAAUUGGAACUAAAUUGUCCAUUUGUAAACUGUACACAAGUGUAGAAAAUUUUAUAUUUCCAUGUAUAGUAGGAAAAGAAUAGCAACUUAUAUUUUUUAAUGUUCAGACCAUUUCUUACUGUCCAUAACCAUACACAAACAUCAUAUUACUUUCUGUCUUACCAUCUAAGGCAUCCUCUGCUCCUUAGACAAUGUCAUAAUAUGUUUAGCCUUUAUUGGUCAAGUAAGAGAGUGUACAGAGUACACUUGAAUGGUUAAUACCAUGUUGUUUGUCAUAUUCUCACAAGUUAACACCAUGUUAUAUAUGACAUUCAGAAAUUAACAUGAUAUUAUCUGCCAUGUAUCCAGAAGUAAUAUUGUUUGUUACCUGUAAAUUUGGAUAGACUGCUCUGCCAAAGCAUUUGGUGUCUCCUUCCAAUUUCCCAUUUAUGUAGCUAAUUUAGUUACCUUAAUGUCGUUUGUACAUCAAGAGUGAAUAGAAGGAACGUUUUUAAUUUAUUUAAUUUUUAUUUGAUUAAUUUGUGUGUAAAGUGAUGUUUAACCCCUUAAGUAGUAUGUAUACAAGAAUCUCACUUUGUUCACUUUGUAUCUAAGCUCAUUAAACUGCCAGAUCACCAACAAGAGAGAUGUGGUGACCUUCUUACAGACAAAAUAGCUCAAGUUGCAUAUUAGGGGAUAAUUCCAUUUUGACAAUUAUGGGGCCCAGUGGUUCUUAUAUAUACAACUGAGUCUUGAUUAUCUAAGUUACAGUACAGUAAAUAGCUCCAGAGGCAUCUCGGUACAUUUUAAUCUUGAUUGUUCAAAUGGUGCUUGUAUUAAGAGGAUAAAUGUAAAGAUAUAUAUUUAAUAGUAUGCAAGAAUAAUCACACACACAAAAACCAAGUGUUUCACAUGCAUAAGUAUCCAUGAGGAAAAUGAAACAAAAAUUCCAAACGUUUUCGUGUUACAACACAUUAUCAAGGAAAUAUAGCAGAAUUUCCUUUGUGUUGAAACAUGAAAACUUUCAGAAUUUUUUGUUUCAUAUUUGUAGUGGAUACUUAAAUUUAAUAGUAUGUGUGGGAAAUUAGAUUGCUUGGAAGCUUGUGCACUGUAGUGCAUAGUCAACCAACAUAUUAAUUUGUACCAGAACGAGUAAUUUCUUUGUUCAUAUGCACUGUGAAGCAACACACACAGUACAGUAGCUGAUCUAUUAUCCAUCAGCCAAAUAUCCAGAUAGAUGACAAUAAAAUGGCCAAAAAAAAAAAAAAUAUUUGUAUGGAUUCUCCAUGACGAAGACCAAGACGUGAAAAAUGUGCUGGAUAAACUAUUAAAAUACUGUACAGUAGUUGGAAAAAAUAAAUCUAUUUUACAUAUGUAUUUCACCAGUAAAAAAUUAACUAAUUUGUUUAUUUACUUGAGACCCCAAAAAUAUCUAUGCUUAGUCAAAUGCUCAGAACCCAAUGGGUCUGUGUGGUUCGAAUUAGAGUUGUUGUAUUUAUUGUACACUUAUUUGUGCACAUCAUGUAUACUAUAUUACUAUUACUGUACUGUACGCUCAUACUGUGGCGAGGAACAUAGCUUGUGUAAAUAUAAAACUAAUCAAGAUUCAUUUCCUUUGCUUUAUUUUCUCUGUAGAUGGUAUUAUCGAGUUAAUCGACGAGUACUCGAGUGGACAUCACUAUUUAAGCCUCUAGUUACUUGCAGCUAACUCUGUUAACUAAUUCUUAGUUAAUCACUGUCAGAGAUAAUCAAGACUUGAAUGUAUUGUUUUUUCUUGGAAUGCCUGAACUUAUUAUUUCAGAUGUGUGAACUGUGCCAUUGCAGGCAACAUCAUCUUCGAGAAGUAUGAUGCUGCUUUUGAAAAUUUCAAGAAACAACUUGUUUGCUAGAGUUUUACAGUAUUAAGUUUUAUUAUGCAAUUUGGUGCCUGAGGAGUGUGCAUAACGGAAAAUAUUUUAUUUUUUAUUUCUUUGUUCUUAAAAGACAUUUCUCCUAUUCAAAGAACAUAAUGUUUCAGUUGAUUAUAUCACUUUGCAGUUAUAUAAAAAUCUUUAUAAUAGAA